AGUCCCAUAGAGCGAGCGGAUGGGACUCGGGGACAGGCCUCUGAUGCAGAGCUUGUUGCACAGCUGGUCCGGAUGGCGAGGAGGCAGCAGACUAACACUGACACCGGGACCAUGUGCAACCACUGGGGGAUUUAAUAUACUUUACCAACUCAGUAACCCAAGUGUCAAACAGGAUGCAUUAGUCGGAGGACAAUUUGUUGAACCGCUGACCAAAGUGGAUUAAGGGAAUGGAUUCAACAUUUGGUACAUUUGGAGAUUAACUAGUGACGGCACGGCCACGGACAAGAAAUCAUUUUUUCUUCCAGUUUUUUCUCCAGAAGUUUGAACUUCCCAAGGUGGAAUUCAUCACCACCUCCCCAACAUUCAGUCCAAAGGAGCCAAACUGCUUGGAUGAUUUACGAAGGGGCUUCUCUCGCUGGAUCCACCUGGACAUCACUGUGGGACGACCUGAAGAAGACGUCUCCCUCGGAUCUCCUGUGCAAAUGAUACCGCUAUGGAGCCAAGGCACGACCAAAGCAAUGUUCUGAGCCCACUGCACCCUGCCAGGUUGGCAGUCCUCACAAGGUGUUUGAGCCAUGUGGUCCACUGAGAGCAUGGAGCCAGACAACGCCCACACGCAGAGAAGCUUCAUCAACAAGGUGGAUGUGCCUGACCAUGCCCACUACAUCGUUGCUGUGUUCGUCUUUGUCAUCGGGACGCUGGGCAUCACUGGCAACGCGCUGGUUAUGUUGGCCGUCUACAGCAACAAGAAACUCCGUAACCUGCCGAACUACUUCAUCAUGAACCUGGCGGUCAGUGACUUCCUCAUGGCUUUCACUCAGUCCCCCAUCUUCUUCAUCAACUGUCUCUACAAGGAAUGGGCGUUUGGAGAGAUGGGCUGUAAGAUGUACGCCUUCUGUGGCGCUUUGUUUGGCAUCACCUCGAUGAUAAACCUGCUGGCCAUCUCCAUCGACCGCUACCUGGUGAUCACCAAGCCUCUGCAGGCCAUUCACUGGGGCUCCAAACGAAGGACCACCCUGGCCAUCCUCAUGGUCUGGCUCUACUCCCUGGCUUGGAGUCUGGCUCCUCUCGUUGGCUGGAGCUCUUAUAUCCCCGAGGGCCUGAUGACGUCGUGUACAUGGGAUUAUGUCACGUACACACUGGCCAAUCGGAGCUACACAAUGAUGUUGUGCUGUUUUGUGUUCUUCAUUCCGUUGGGAAUCAUCUUGUACUGCUAUCUCUUUAUGUUUCUGGCUAUUCGCAAGACCAGCAGGGAUGUGGAGCGGAUGGGGACUCAGGUGAGGAAAUCCACCCUGAUCAAGCAGAGGUCCAUGAAGAGUGAGUGGAAGUUGGCAAAGAUCGCCUUCGUCGUCAUCGUGGUCUACGUCCUGUCCUGGUCCCCCUACGCCUGCGUCACACUGAUUUCCUGGGCUGGUCACGCCGACAUCCUGUCUCCGUACUCCAAGGCUGUCCCUGCUAUCAUAGCAAAAGCCUCCGCCAUCUACAAUCCUUUCAUCUACGCCAUCAUACACAACAAGUACAGGAUGACCCUGGCAGCAAAGUUCCCCUGCCUGAGGUUUCUGUCUCCCACUCCGCGAAAGGACAACUCGUCCUCCAUCAGCGAGUCCUCUUACAGGGACUCCAUCAUCAGCAGACAGUCCACAGCAUCAAGGACUCACUUUAUCAAGGCGUGCUCUGACACGGUGUUCAAAAAUGUAGAGAUGGAGCCAUUGGAACGGAAGUCAGGGGACUCCUUCAGAAGCGUACCAUCAUACAGACAGUCUUCCAGAGGCAGGUCCUACAAGAAAAAAACAGAGCGGAAGACCCAGGUCCCGGAGAGGCACCCAGCCACCAUUAGUGAACCUACCAGCGCCUGUGAGCAUGAACUGGUUUCCAGCUCUCUCACCGUCGCCUCCCUCCCCUUACUGGUUCUUACACGGAGACGCAGCCAGAGCCUGACCAGUGAGAUUUCAGAUGCUUGGGAGAAGAAAGGCAGCAUCCGCGAUCCCCACAAGAGCAGCUCCUUUGACUCCUUGAAUUAUAGAAAAAUCCCAUCCACUGACGGCGGGUCACUCCGGGGUGUCCCGCGCAUAAUCGUCAUCAGUCCCACAUCGGAGAGCAGCCUCAUCAAGCACGACAGUUUCUGCUUAGAGGACAGUGUUGAGGCGAUGGAGAACAAUGUGUUUGUUACCCUCAACUUCUCAUCGGAAGUCUUUGAGGCUGUAGAUCUACUGCCAUGACCAACACAUUAACAGCCACAGAUCUGCUGUUUCUCGUGUGGAUUUCUACACCACAAAUCAUUUUUUAUUGAAUUAUUGAAUAAGAAAAUGUGUCCAAACCUUUAACUGGUGCUGUAGAUGAAACAGUGAUGACGAGUUCUCAGCUGAAUCAUUUACAGCAUUUUUACACACAUUUCAUGUUUAAUCAGCUGAAGACGUCUUCAAGCCCCUUUGGGAAAGGGAAUCGAAUCCCCAAAAGAUUUCUGAAUCUUGUCUCUUGUCCAUCACAAGUUGCUGGAAUAACUCAAAGGAAGGAAAGCGCAGCAAUAACUUCAGUCUGUGAAGAUGUUUUUUUUUCGUAUUUUACGUACACAUUAAAUUCUUGUCUUGUGGUAGUGGUUUCUUUGAGCAGCGUGGACCCAUCCGAACUUUUUCGUUAGACGGUGGAACAAAGAACAGUUCAUGUAUUGACGGGGCAACCGGUCACAAGACCCAAAGGUGUCUGAUAGAACUAUAAAAAGUUAACUUUUUCCUCGUGGUGACUUUCCACGUCUUGCUCUUUGUUGACACAGCGCUCCAUUCGUUUCCUUCACGCCAGUCCUAUUCACACAAAACCAUGUGUUUGCUCCUUGGUAAAGCUACUGCGUUGCUGCCAGAGAGGGAAGCGCCACCAAUGGGGAUUUAUGUAGUAUCCUUUCUUUUUAGACUCUUAACCGAAUCUCUGCAGCGAAUGAAAGGCCACUGCUUUUGCUCUUUUAACUGUUCAAGUAUUCCUGCAAUUUGUGUCAUUUCUUCCUGCAAAACUAAUCAGCAGCAAUUACUGCAAAAUAAAGAAAAUUCCAUCUGUUGUCAACCAUUGGGGUCUGUAUCAUCUGCGUUUUAACAGUUGAUACUUCUGUUGGUUUUAUACCAACAAAGAUGAUGGUGAGGGGCAACGUAGCUGAGGAAAUGUCGGGUUGCACUGUUUCAUGUUUGUUUCUCUGAUGAUUAAAAACUCUGA